UUUUUUUCAGGCUUAAAGCUAUGCAGUGCCGCUAUUGUAAAUUUUCACAUCUGCAUCAAGACAUUCUCCUUAAGCACUACAGGCUUCAUCAUUGGCAAGCAGACUUUGAAGUCUUUGUUGGAGAGACCUGACGUACUUGAGAAGACAUUUCCCAUAAAGCAGGGUACACCAGGAUUUUACACCUCACCUUUUGAUGGAAACAAUGUUACUUCGAGUCAUUCUCUCACCUGACAACAUCAGGAAGUUAUCAAUACCCACACCAUCAUCAAUUGAAGAACUCUCUGCAGUUCUCUGUGAAAAAAUGCAGAUAAUGGGAAAUUUUGUUAUCCAGUAUGAAGACCCUGACUUCAACAAUGAACUUUGUACUUUACAUGACAUCACAGAGCUUCCAAAAGACAAGGCUACUUUGAGGAUCCACUGGGAAGUAGUUGUAAGCCCAGUGGUGGACGAUGUUCACGUUUCAGAUUUCACUGUGGAUACAGCAAGCAUGACAUCCACUCAGUCAUCAGCUUUAUCACCCCAAUCAGUUUCUCCUCUAUCUACAUCCAGAUCUGAGCAGUGGCCAAGCAUGUUUCCAGUGCCUUCAUUUUCAUAUGAUGUGGAGUUGAGGCUGAAAAAAGCUAAUGAGGAUCUUCAAGCAAAUGGAACAGCCCUGAUUGUUCCAAGAGACAUGAAAAUGCAUAUCUUGGAGAAAUUGGCUGAAACUGUGUACUCUUACAAAGCCUACCCAAAAGACUCUGAAAUAGAGAAAGUUGCAUCUGCUCUGGUAGAAAAACACCCCAGUCUCAAAGACCCAGGAUCUGACACAAGUGGAUGUGAAGCAUGGAAAAUUAGCCUGAAGUUUAAAAUGGCUAAUUAUCGUCAGAAACUCCGCAAUGCAGGAUGCAGUGAGAUGAUUGUAAAUACCCACUCUAGACAAGGUUCAUCUCGAGGAUCUCUCAAGAGACCCAGAAGAUCUGAACUAAACUUUCUUCCCGACCAUCCUGUUGGUUUGGAUGAAGAAGAAUUGGAGAAGGAAAGGUCAUUGGUGGAGAAAGAAGUGAAAAAGAGAAAUUUGAGCUUGACCGUUUUGAAUGCAAAAAUGGAGACAACAUUUUCCUUGAGGAGAAAGGAAAUUGUGCAGGAUCAGCCGCUGGUGUCAACAAUCAAGCAAAGAUGGCCAGGACUGUUUUUUGAGGAGGAGGUUUGUGCUGAAUUCUUCCGCAUCAACCGUAUUGACCUGAAGUCAACAUUCCUGACAUCGCUGGACAAUCACACCCAGGGGUUGCUAAAGAUGUACAGAGCCAAAGCAAGACAGGGAAGGUGGAACAACUUGGAUGAACUUCUGGAACAACUGGAUGCCCAGACAACAGAUCUAACUACUCAUAGAAGGUCUGCUGUUCUUCGUGGUCUUCCCCUGUACUUGAGAGAGCCAGCUUCAAUUUCAAAGACUAUUAAGGAUACUGAGGCACUGGGGCCACACACAAAGGCCAUGAAAAUGGGGAUCCUGGAAGUGACUGACAGUUCUACCAACUCAGGACCAUAUCCCGCUGUAGUCAAUGUGGCUGUAGUACUGGAGGAGGAAGUUGUCAUGGACAAUCUAGGAGACUUCACAAAUGCCCUCAUGAUGCUCUUUGGUCUGCUGUAUGCUGUAAAUAUGGAGUACCCUAAGGACUUAAGGUACACAUUCGAGGCAGUCCAGAAGAUUUUCUUAAAUCUGGGAAAAGAGUGCACAGCAAGGAUACAGUCCUUGAAAAACAAGUUAUUACAGGUGUAAUGGUCAUGACAUGUCAGUCAUUAAGGUAUUUUGAGGUAUCAAAAGUUUAUUGCAAAAGUUUCUGUAAAUGCCAGUGACUUUUUUUGUUGUUGAAUUUUUGUAACUGCUCAGGAACUUGAUUACUUUUCCCCCACACAGUUUAUUUGUGGGUAAAUAGAAUUUCAGUUCAAAAGUUUGUUUCAGCAAUACCUGAGUGUAUGCUGAUAUUUUAUUUGUAAAGCAGUCAUCCCUGAGAAAUCGCAGAAUAUUUAAUUUAAGCAGAGAUUUUUUAUUUUUUUUUUUGCCAAUAGAACUGUUAAAUAGUGACCAUUGUAACCUGACAGUAGUGGGCAGUACUGUGUAUUUUAUUUUUAUUUUUUAUUUUUUUACAUGUAAUUGCACUUAGUCUUAGACUAACAGACAAAGAAUUUCAAAUGUUUACAGGCAAAGCCGUUGUCAUGUUUUACAUAGUUUCAUUUUGUAAAGCAGAUUUUUUUUUUUCCAGUACAGCAAUUGACUAAGAGUGAUAUGUCAUGCUUUCUUGAACUCUCAGAUCUUGUUUCGGCACUGGUUGAAUAUUGUGUAAUAUUUUACUUGAGCCUAACAGGCAAUUUCAUAUGUAUUUAAAUAAAUGCAUAAAAUGUUCUUUAUCAAAGCAAAGUGUGUAAUUUAUUUGAAAUAAUGAAAAAUAGACUAUUUUGACCAACGUUAAUUAAAAAUAGACUUAUUGGCCAACAUUAAAUAUUUCAUACAACAUUUUAUUUCAAUUUGAGUCUGCUUGUUGGCCCAAAAAGCUAUGUUUAGUCAACAGAAAAUAUUUAAUUGACACAACAUUCUAUUUCAAGUUCCGUCUACAUGCAGGGGUUGUCAGCCCAACACAAAAAAGUUGGUUUCCGCAACUUAAAUUGGGCCAACUAAAAAUUUUAGGUGCAACGGGUCACUAGAAAUUUUUAUGUUGGAGAGGCAUAUUUUUUUUUAC